CUCGGUGCCAACGUCACGACGGUCACGACACAGCGGUGUAGGAUGUAGCUCAGGACGUGGCUAACGAGCUACUAGUUACAGUAGGACGUCAGGAAAAUCAAAAACCUCUGGAUUAGGAUCUGUUUCACUACAUGUUCAAGAGGGGUGUGUGUCUCUUAUCCCGGACAGAUUGUUUCUGCCUGAUGUCGCAGUUUUACCUCCAGAGCUGAAUGGAAGCAUUUCAGGCCUUUUGUGAGUGAGGAGGCUGUGUAUCCCAGGUAUGUACCAUGGGGUACGACAUUACGAGGUUCCAAGGGGAGGUGGAUGAAGACCUGCUGUGCCCCAUCUGCAGUGGAGUGCUGGAAGAACCAGUGCAGGCUCCUCACUGCGAGCAUGCCUUCUGUAACGCCUGUAUAACCCAGUGGUUUGCGCAGCAGCAGAUAUGCCCCGUGGACCGCACCGUGGUGACGCUGGCUCACCUGCGGCCCGUGCCCCGCAUCAUGCGUAACAUGCUGUCCAAACUGCAGAUCAGCUGCGACAACGCGGGCUUCGGCUGCGGCGCCACGCUGCGUCUGGACCAGCUGACGUCACACCUCAAAGACUGCCAGCACAACCCCAAGAGACCCGUGAGCUGCGAGGAGGGCUGCGGGCUGGAGAUGCCCAAAGACGAGGUUCCUAACCACAACUGCAUCAAACACUUACGGACGGUGGUCGGUCAGCAGCAGACCAGGAUCUCAGACCUGGAGAAGACCGUGACGGAGCACAAACACCAGCUGGGGGAGCAGAAGCGGGACAUCCAGCUGCUGAAGGCGUACAUGAGGGCGAUCCGCAGCGCCAACCCCAACCUGCAGAACCUGGAGGAGAGCAUAGAGUACAACGAGAUCCUGGAGUGGGUGAACUCCAUGCAGCCGGCGCGGGUCACUCGUUGGGGGGGGAUGAUCUCCACUCCGGACGCCGUGCUGCAGGCGGUCAUCAAGCGCUCUCUGAUCGACAGCGGCUGCCCGCUCUCCAUCGUCAACGACCUGAUCGAGAACGCCCACGAGAGGAACUGGCCUCAGGGCCUCGCCACGCUGGAGACGCGGCAGAUGAACCGGCGAUACUACGAGAACUACGUGGCCAAGCGGAUCCCCGGGAAGCAGGCGGUGGUGGUGAUGGCCUGCGAGAACCAGCACAUGGGCGAAGACAUGAUCCUGGAGCCCGGACUCGUCAUGAUCUUCGCUCACGGAGUCGAGGAGAUCUUAUAAUGAAGACGACGAAUUCCUGAUCUGAAUCCUGGCUGAUUUUAACCCCUUCCUGUCGUGUUCGGUUCUCUCCUCGCUUCACUGUGGUGUUCCCGGGGGGGGGGGUUUUAUCAGCUCUUACAGUAACACAGAAAACACUUAUCAUGACCAAAUGGUAUCCAACGCCCUUAGACAGUGCCGCACGACUGGUUUACAGUGCCGUGGACAGUCCCCAUUAAUCGACUGUCACAAAAAGCACUCACUGGAGCAGCUAGUUUCCAGAUGUUGUCCCCGGCCAGAUGAUAAAAGACAGCUUUUUAAAAUCACAACACGUCGACAGCAUUAGUUAUAAAGAAAACGGUGUGUUUGAACUGAUCUUACAUUAACACAGAAACCACUAAUCGUGACCAAAUGUUAUUCAACUCCCUUCAGUGUCUCAGACGGCUGGUUACAUGAGUAACUGCAGAGGAUGCACACUGAAGAUGUGUUCCAAAAUGAUCAUGGUUGUUGAUUUGUGGAUGUAUCUGCUGGAGGAACAUAACAGUCUAGUUUCCAGAUCAGAGAGUCUUAUCGUGAACCCAGAGAGGUUGAGGACCCCGACGUUUUAUCUUCUAAAUGUACAGUACGGGUCCCCAGCACAUAGAAGCUGCCGGAUGCUAACUUGCAUAUGUUGGGCAAUUUGUAUAAGUUGUGUUAAUUAUAGCCUAUGGUGGACAAUAGUUAAAAAAUGUCUUGGAGUAGUUUUGGGGGUUCUUGAGGAUGUCGACUCAAUUUCUAACAUUUUUACGAUCACGAAUGGCAGUUUUAACCAGAAAGUAGACAUAUUAGUGCACUGAUGUGAUGAAUUUGGGGUCGAUUUUAAGUUUUAGGAGACUCGAAACUGCCAUUUAUGAUCCUUAACAUGUCAGACAUUGAUAAAGCAUCCUCAAUAACAUCUCAAGUCACUCCAAAACUUGUCCAAAUCAUCCAAGACAUGUUUUAGCCAUUGUGUGAAUAUGGUAGUUAAGCAAAUUGGCCGACAUAUGAGAAGCUGCUGGAUGCUAACUUGCAUAUGUUGGGCAAUUUGUAUAAGUAGCACAAGUUGUGUUAAUUAUAACCUAUGGUGGACAAUAGUUAAAAAAUGUCUUGGACAAUUUUGGAAGGGUUUUAUGGGUUCUUGAGGAUGUCGACUCAAUUUCUAACAUUUUUAGGAUCAUUAAGGGCAGUUUUAACCAGAAAGUGGACAUGUGUGCACCUGGUGGGCUGAUGAUCAUGCAUUUUGCUUCAAUUUUGUAAUUUUAGGGGACUCCUCAAUAACCUCUCAAGUCACUCCAAAACUGUCCAAAUCAUCCGAGACAUGUUUUAGCCAUUGUGUGAAUAUGGUAGUUAAGCAAAUUGGCCGACAUAUGCAGGUUAGCAUCCGGCAGUUUCUAUGUGCUGGGGACGUGUGCUAUACAUUUCCAUCAUAACGCUUUGUGGCACACACUGCUGGAGACUGGACUAUAAUUCAGGGUUACCCAUUCAUUCCUAUGGGCGCAUUUUUAAACCGGGAACAUCGCAGGUGUAACAAAGACCGUGUUGAUCGGCCGUGUUGGAAUGCCUGCUGUGGAGGAAGUCACGCGGCCUCGAAGAGAUCAAAUGUUAAACACUAUAUUAACGAUGGAAGUAGAUCCGAACACGACGGGGGGGUUUAACGUAACGAGGCUCUGCUCAGCUUCAUGCCUUUGCCUUAAAGAAGGACACACUAUGAACCUGACUGAAAGAAAAGACUGGUCCCUGACGACAGGCGAUGUUUACAAGGUUUGUAUGUUGGUGCAUUGUUUGAUCUGAUUGUCCUCAUUAUAUAGUAAUAAGCUUGAAAAAGAAACCCCAGUUGAAUGCGCUCAGUUGUAUAAAUGCUUGUAAAUACAAAUACUAUAUUGAAUUCUAAAUGUCUCUCCUUCCUCUCUGUAUAAUGCGUUUCUGUGAGUCGGCGUUUUUUUCCCGCGGGACGAUGACUCGAAGGUUUUUUUUUUCUCGCGCUCGCUUCAGUUUCCUGUGCAUAUCUCACCACAGGACGUCUGAGUUUAGAUUGUCUGAACCUCCUGGUGCCAUUUGUUUUAUUUAUUGUGUUGCCUUUUACACACACAUGCUUGAAGAUGUGAUGUCUGGAAAUCUGCCUUUCGGUGCAUUUGAAGUUCAGGAGGACGAAGACAUGAGGAUCUGUGUUUUUCUUUGUGGCCUCAGAUUGUAAAUAUGGUCUGUUCUUUGGGUCCAGUGGAUGUUAAAUUUGAAGUUUAACAUUUCUGAUGAGUUUGAUUUGACAAAUGGUAAUCAUGAUUCACUUUAUAUCGACUCCUCACGUCACUACCGAGCGUCAGAGACUUGUCAAGUAUUUGUAAAAUCACUCUAAAGGCUUUCUGGGAGUUCAACUCUGCUGUGUUUAAAGUAAACAGGAAGUUUGUUUUGUGCCCUUUUUAUUUUUUAAUAUUUCCCCCUCUUAAUGUUUCUGUUUGUUUUGUGUCUGUUAUGUACCGUGUUGUACAGACAAAGUAAUAAAACAUGUCAAACUUCA